AUGGGUGAUGGGGUAGACCAAACUAUCUAUCUUGUUGCUUUCAUUAAUGAUAAAUCAAACAGACCUGACAGAGAUGAAGAUGAAAAAUUGGAGGGAAGUAAUAUCAUCAUAUUUAACAAAUAUAUACAAUACACCAACCAACUAAAAAUGGACAGCACUACCGACAACAAUGUUAACCUCAAGACCUACCAAACUCAUCACAAGGAAGAGGAUGAUGGUGAGGAAAUAUACGAAAGCAAGGCCAAGACUGCCUUGAUGCCAUUGCGUGCCAAAUCCAGAGAUCCAGCCUCUGCACAAUCUCGUCUCCAAGGAAUGUCUGACAAUGUCAAGCAACUCCUCAUCGGUAUUGGCGAGAACCCAGAACGUGAAGGUUUGCUCGACACCCCAAUGCGUAUGUCCAAGGCCCUCAUGUUUUUCACACAUGGUUAUGAAUUGACUGUUGAUGAAAUUAUUGGUGGAGCCAUUUUUGAUGAAGAUCAUCACGAGAUGGUUGUCGUACGUGACAUUGAUAUCUUUUCAUUGUGCGAGCAUCAUAUGGUACCAUUCUUUGGCAAGUGCCACAUUGGUUACAUUCCCAACAAAAAGGUGCUUGGUCUCAGCAAGCUUGCACGUAUUGCCGAAAUAUUUGCUCGUCGUCUUCAAGUACAAGAGCGUUUGACUCGUCAAAUUGCCAUGGCCAUCCAAGAGGCUCUCAGCCCAAUGGGUGUUGCCGUCGUCAUUGAAGCUUCUCACAUGUGUAUGGUCAUGCGUGGUGUACAAAAGCCAGGCUCUAGCACCGUCACCUCUUCAGUCUGUGGUAUCUUUGAACAUGAUUCUCGUACCCGUUCCGAAUUCUUUAGUUUAAUUAGAUCGAACAAAUAA